GUGUAAUAAUGCCUACACAGAUCAGAUCAGAUCAGGGUAGCCUCCCCUCGCAACUACGUUAACUACCGAUCAUCAUCUCAUCAUCAUCAUCAUACAUCAAUAAAUGAAAACAACCAAGAGAAAGAAUAUCGCCAAAAAGACAAAACCCGACCACAUCAGCACCAAACUGUCUGGAAAUUGAUAUAGCAAGCAGGGCAGAGCAACAUCAUUUUAGUGUCCCUUUCUCGCUGGCAACCACAUGACGAAUCCUACAGAUACACCGCAGUCACCGCCGCCGCCGGGCGGGACCGGAAUUUCAGGCAUCGCGCGGCGAUGGAAUAGGGACGAUCUCGUGAAGAAAGGGUCCUUGCCUUUGCGGGGAUUUGGAUUCGUGUUCUCUUUGUUAUCUUUUAUUAUUAUGGCCAGCAACAAACAUGGUGAUUGGAAAGACUUCGACAAAUAUGAAGAAUACAGAUACGUAUUGGCAACUGCAAUUCUAUCAACUCUCUACACGGGCCUCCAAUCUUUGCGGGAUAUUCAUCAACGCUACACAGGCACCGAGAUUUUGUCGAGGCACAAGUUGGCCACGCUUGAUUUUAUUGGUGAUCAGAUCUUGGCGUACCUGUUGAUAUCAGCCGCCUCAUCCGCUGUGCCUUUAACAAAUAAAAUGAGAGAAGGAGCAGACAACAUAUUUACGGAUGCCUCAGCAUCGGCCAUCAGCUUGGAGUUCCUUGCUUUCCUCUCAUUGGCAUUGUCGGCUCUUGCUUCUGGAUACAAACUCACAAAUCAAUUAUACACCUGAUCCGAUUCAUCGGCUCCAGCCAUUUUUACAUGUAAUUAAUUAAAUGUCAAUGUGUUUUAAGAUUGUAAAGCUCUCUUUAUAGAACGACAACAUUUGUCUUUUGCACCUGGUCCCUGAAUCUUUAGAGCUGCUAGCAGUGAACAUUGACAUGUUCUUUAAUUAUACUAACUACAGGAUACCGCUUCAAUCCAUCUUUCCUUCUCUUCUUCUAUGUUAUCUUACCACAACAGACAACAGUCACCAGUAUUCAAGAUUAAUCAGUGGGCGGAACCAGAGACGUGCUAUUAAUUAAUAAUAUAUUGAAACAGAAUUCAUUGCUUGUAUUACACAGUCAAUACAUUGAAAAUGGAAAGUGUAUAAAAAAAUGAAAAUGAAUCCAAAGCUCCUUUCCUAACACAAUUUCGUUAUUCUACUUUUCUGUUGCAAAAGCAAACCUGAUCCAAGGCUGCCGUCUAGCCUAAUUUCAAUGGCCACC